AUGACUUUGGAAGAAGUGGUUGGAUCGAGCUCCGCCAAAAAGAUGGAGACUGUGAGCGCGGCGCUGGAGACGCUCCUGGACGCGGCGCAGAGACGCGGCUGUCUGACGGUGGGCGUGUACGAAUCUGCCAAACUCAUGAAUGUAGACCCGGACAGUGUGGUUCUGUGUGUGUUGGCGUCGGAUGCUGAGGAGGACAUCGCGCUGCAGAUCCACUUCACUCUCCUACAGGCUUUCUGCUGCGACAACAGCAUCAACAUCCUGAGGGUGAGGGGCCUGAGACGCCUGGGACAGCUGCUGGACCAGGACCUGGACCUGGACCAGGACCACAACGAGGGCCGAGACCUGCACUGCCUCCUGGUCACGAACCCCCCUGUGGACCCCCUGCAGAGCCAGGCCCUGUCCGCCAUCACCAGCUUCUGUGCCGAGAGCCGGGUCCAGAACCUUUGGGUCCCGGCGCUGGAGCUGCAGGCGCGCUGA